GGAAGUCAUUUUUUACACUUCGUUUACUACUGGGGGAUCCUUGUGAGGGUCUGGUCUGGACCACUUUGUGUUCGGCUGACUCCAAUCCUCUUUGAGAGGACACCUAGACACUUCAGAAAUGGAGCCAGUGACCUCUGAGGAUGUUGCUGUGAACUUCACUGUAGAAGAGUGGGCAUUGUUGGAUUCUACUCAAAAGAAGCUCUACAGUGCUGUAAUGGAAGAAACAUUUUUAAACCUGAUCUUCAUAGAGAAAGCACUAGAAGAAAAUAUUGAAGAGGACUACAAAGAUCUCAGCAGAAAUACAAGGACUCUGGUGAUUGAGAAAGACUGUGGAUAUGAAUGCAAUAGUGAGUGUGAUAAGAACCAGAAACCUAUUACAGAGACUAUCAUCAAUAAAGACGUGCAACCACGAGUAAGAGUUCAUCAAAGUCCAUUGCAUGUAAAAAACAUCAAUUGUCAUUCAUCCUCACAUGGGUAUCUCAGAGAACAACCUAGAGGGAUACGAUCUGUAUGUAAGGAAGCUAUGGCAAAAGAUUUUAUACAUCAGAAACAUUGGAAACUCAUCAGUCAUUCUGAAUCACUUCUGGAACUGGAAACUCCUCCUAAGGAGAAACCCUGCAAAAGUCAACAAUAUAAUGAAACCUGUAGGAGUCUCUGUUUUGAUCAGCCUCAGGAGAGAGCUCACACUGGAGAUAAACUCAAUGAGAAUGACUUAACAAGAUGCACAUAUGGCCAGAAUGAUGAAGGAAUCAAUAAAGAAGGGAGACCAUUUGUAUGUAAACUCUGUGAAGAAUCAGUCAUUCAUUCCAAUAACCUUAUCAGCCAUGAAAAAAGUAAUAUUGGAGAGAAAAGGUACAUUUGUAGUCAGUGUGGCAAAACAUUUAGUUAUGCAAAAUGUUUUGAAAACCAUGAAGUAACUCACAGUAGAGAGAAACCCUGUGCUUGUAAACAUUUUCGAAAAGCCUUCACACAAUACAGUUAUCAUAACAAUAAUGAAAGCAGUCAUAUUGGAAAGAAUCCCUAUGCAUGUAGACAUUGUGGGAAAGCCUUCACCAGUUCCUCUUACCGAAACAUUCAUGAAAGAAUUCACACUGGAGAAAGGCCUUAUGCAUGUAACUAUUGUGGAAAAGCUUUCACCAGUUCUGCUUAUUGUAAUAUUCAUGAAAGAAUUCACAGUGGAGAAAAGCCUUAUGUCUGUAAGCAUUGUGGAAAAGCCUUCAGUGACCUAAGUCGCCGUAGCAGACAUGAACGGAGUCACACUGGAGAGAAUCCUUAUGCAUGUAAGUUUUGUGGGAAAGCCUUCAGUGACUCCAGUCGUCGUAACAGGCAUGAAAGGAUUCACACAGGAGAGAAGCCUUAUACAUGUAAGUAUUGUGGAAAAACUUUCACUAAUUUUAGUUCAUGUAAAGGUCAUGAAAGAGUUCACACUGGAGAGAAGCCUUAUGUGUGUAAGCAUUGUGGAAAAGCAUUUACCCGCUCCAAUCAACUGCACGCUCAUGAAAGAGUUCACACUGGAGAGAAGCCUUAUGCAUGUAAGCAUUGUGGAAAAACCUUCAAAACUUCUACUUGUCGAAACUUGCAUGAAAAAAUUCACACUGGAGAGAAAGACUUUGUCUGUAAAACAUGUGGGAAACUGUUCAUUCAGUCUAGUGAUCUUAACAAGCACGAAAGAGUUCACUCCAAAGACAAGCCCUAUGCAUGUACGCAUUGUGGAAAAUCCUUCAGUGACUCCAGUAGUCGUUACAGACAUGAAAGGCGUCACACGUGAGAAAAGCCUUAUGUGUGGAAGCCUUGUUGAAAAACCAAUUUCAGUUUGUGUAAGACUUCUGAAAGACUCCACACUGGAGAGAAGCCUCAUGAUGUAAGCACUGUGGAAAAUCCUUUACCCGCUACAGUCAUCUGAACAUUCAUGAAAUGAUUUACACUAGAGACAAGCCUAACUCAUGGAAACAUUGUGGAAAAACCUUCAACACUUCUGCUUGGUCUAACUUGCAUGAAAGAAAUCACAUUGGAGAGAAACCUUCUGUGUUUAAAACAUGUGGGUUCAUUUAGUCUAGUGAUUUUAAAAGGCAUGAAAGAGUUAACUCAAAAAACAGGCCUUAUGCGUGUAAGAAUUGUCGAAAAGCUGCUUUGGUCAUCUUACCAGACAUGAAAUGUUUCACACUAGUUGGUAGCCUAAUGCUGCUGGUUAGCACUGUGGAUAACCUUCACUGUUUCCACUUUGCCCAAGAGUAAUAAAAACAUUCACAUUGGAGAGAAACCCUCUGUUCAUAAACAUUUGGAAAACUAUUUCUUUGUUCUUAUUUUAUCAAAUAUAAACUAUCUCACAUUAGUGAGGAACCUUACCAAUAUUAGCAAUGUGGGAAAGCCUUCACCACUUCCAGUUUCUGUAACCCUCAUGUAAGAAUUUACACAGGAAAGAGGUCUAAUGCAUGUAUGCAUUCAAAUAUUGUCAAAAGCCUUCAUAAGUUUCUGUUUCCAUGAAGUUCUAAGAAUCUACCCUAGAGACAGGUCUUACGUGUAUAAUCACGUAAUCCUUUAGCAGCUGCAGUUCUUAUUAUAUUCAAUUUUUCCCCCACUGGGGAAAGCUUUUAUGUUUUUAACAAAUGUGGGAAAAAUGUUCACAGUUUUUAAAAGCCCUAUCCUCUUAAACAAUCUGUUCCUGAAUUUCCAUGUUUCAGACCUAUGGUCAAACCCAAAAUGAUCUCCCAGUGAAAGCUGCAAUGUGCAGACUUUGUGACAGUGCAUUGGUCAAAUUGCUUCCGUUGUGAGAUAUGGAAGAAGAAUGUGAUUGGAACAUGAGAUGCCUCAGCUAGUAAUGGUUCUUUCCAGAAGAUGUGAUUAUCUCAAUUCCCUCAUUGAAUCUUGCAUGGUGGAAAUAGAGACCCAGUUCCUGAAUGUUGUCUUCUGAGAAUCAAAUGCAGGCUUCCUAAUGAACACAGAAAGAAAAAUUCAAAUGAGUAAAGAAAUAAUGACAUGUUCAUAGUAGUAGAGGCGUAACUGACAAAUACAGUGUUUUAAUGUGGAAAGAUACAGAUUGUGAGACCUGCAAAAGUGUAAUGUUAAUGCCCAAUAUUUUGCUAUAUGUAGCAUGCAAACCACUUGCAUUAUGAACAGUACCUGUAUUUCGUUGUUGUUUUUUGUUUUUGGUUCUGUUUUUAACUGUGGCUAUGGCAGUAGCUUUGAAAACAGGUAUAGUAGUGGUGUGCUUGGGAAUGGCCCAAUAGGCUACUAAGUUUGAAAUUUUGUUCCCAUUGGUGGAACAGUUUGAGGACAAUUAGACAGUAUGGCCUGUGGUAAAUAUCUGUCACUCUCAGCAAGUUUGAGAUUUCAAUACACGACACUCCUAGUCUACUCCUCUGCCUCCUGAUUGUAUGUGAGUCCUGACAUGGGACCUUCACUCCUCCUGAAGAGAUCCUGACUCUGCAGUGUCAAGCCCAUUGGAACACUUCCUUCUAAACAUUUUUCUACUAGUUGGAAUUUGUCACAGCUAUGAAAAGGAAAUUCAGAUAUCCACCUUGGGGUAUAAAAAGAACCAAAUCCAAGCGCACGCCUUUAAUCCCAGCACUUGAGAGGCAGAGGCAGGUGAAUCUCUGUGAGUUUGAGCUCAGCCUGGUCUACAAGAGCUAGUUCUAAGACAGGUUCUAAAGCUACAGAGAAAACCUGUUUCAAAAAACCAAAGGAAAAGAAAAAAGAAAUCCAGUAAGAAAUUUUCAUUGCAAAACUGAAAAAUCUGAUUAUCAUUUUAAAUGAAAUAACAGUUGUGAAACUUUUUCAUAUACUUAAAUCUUAAGUCAACAAUAAAUGAAAUACUUUCUGGAAGUUAGUCCAAAGACUUUAGAAACAAACAGCUUGAAAGAAGUACAUUCACAUAUUGAACAUUUUUAUUAUUGGCCCAUUUCUAUACAGGAGAUUUACUUUGUAUUAUGUUUUCCUUAAGGCAAGGUACGGUUUUUGUGUUUACUUCAGUUUAUCUCGUAUCUAAAGAUUUGGAGCUAGGAUUUAUCUUGCUGAGUCUGACUUAGCACACGUUUUGUAGUUGAUUCCAUUUACCAAACCAUUUUCUGAUUUAAGAUUUUUGUGUGUGUGUGCAUGAAUAGUAUGCCAUUGGUAACUGGGAGAGAGACUAGAGAGGAGAGUACCUGGAUGUGAUUGACAAGAAGGGGAAAAUUUGAAAACCGUGGAGGAGGAGAUUCUAAUUAGGGAUGAAAUGAAUACAGCCAAUAUGGGAGAAGAAUGAGGAUCUAAUGCCAAUGUUGUUUGGUAAUGGUUAAGAAGUAGUUAUUUUGGAGCCAAGGAGUCGUGGCGCACGCCUUUAAUCCCAGUACUUGGGAGGCAGAGGCAGGCAGAUCUCUGAAUUCGAGGCCAGUCUGGUCUACAAGAGCUAGUUCCAGGACAGGCUCCAAAGCUACAUAGAAACCUUGUCUCGAAAAACCAAAAAUAAAACAAUAAUAAAAAAGUAGUUCUUUUGUAUAUAUGCAAAAUUUUAUGUCUUGUAUAGUGUGAUAUAUAUACACCUUGUAUAGUGUAAUUAUAUAAUAUCUAUCAUAAAUAAUAAUGUUAUGUUAUACUUAUGUAUAAUGCAGGUGUCAAUACAAGAGUAUGUACAUACUCAUGGGAUACACAAACACACACACAUGUAUUAAAUGAAAUUAUAUCACUUGGCAUGACAGUCCCUUCCCCCAGGAACCUUAUAUUAAUAAAAACAACAGCACCAGGCAUAAGAAAUCUCCAUUUGCAUUGUUUAUGAUGGUCCAUGUAAUUCCCCAAGCAAUUUUAAGUAAUACUCUUUUCUUUGGUCAUCUUUGAGAGGUUGAGGGUAACUCGUAUUUGCCGACACAUUCCAUACUUGGAAUUCAGGACUGGGAAAGGUUGAGCUGGAUCUAACACCAAAAUCACCUUCAUUAGUCUGACAUAGUCAUAGAUGCAAUUCAGUUUGCCAAGUGAGAGAAAUGGUCAAUAGCCCUCCCCAACUGUGACUUUUGUUGUGGUUUGCAUGAGAAUGGCCCCCGAAGGUCCCUAUAUUUGAGUGGUUUUUUACCAGUUAGUGGAACUGGUGGGAAAGAUUAGAAGAUGUCACCUCAUUGCAGAGCAUUAGUCACUGGGAUGGCUUUAAGGCUUCAGUGCCAAGGUAGCUCUUUUCUCUCUGGCUCCAGCUUUCAGAUCUUUUUAGCUAGUAUCCAUUGCUAUGCUUGCCUACCUGUGCCAUAUUACCUGUGAUGAUAAUUAUGGGCUCUACUCUCUAGAACCAUGAAUGUCCAAAAAUGUUUUCUUUCAUAAGUUAUUUUGGUCAUGAAAUAGGAAAUAACAAUAGGAAAAUAACAACCCAAUGAACCCAAACAGUGAUCAGUCUGACAAAAUAUCAACACAGGCACAAUAGUGUCAUCCCUGUCUUGUUGGUGACCAGCUACUGUAUAAUUUAUAUUUAUGCCUGUCCAACAGGAAGGAGAUUGUGCCAGUACUAGAAAUGUAACCAAUGAAUGAAGGUAGUGAUAUUAUGGAUUUUAGAGGACCUGCUUCUGCCAGCAUAAUUCCUGAGUCUUAAAACUUAUUUUUAUACUCACAGAAUUACAGCCCAUACCAUUUCUUAAAUAAUCUCUCUAGAGCAAGCAGACAGUUCCAGCCUUGUUUCAUUCUUUACUCUUGCAUUUUGAGGAAAGGGGGAUGCUGAUUUGGAUACUUUCUAUUUUUACAGUGAUAUAAUCAGUGAAUAAAAGUUGUAUCUGUUCCUCCUCAUUCUUAGUUCCUUCCUGUUGCCUAGAGACUGCUUGUUCGUUUCCUAGACGCUCAGACUCCCAAAUUGAUCACAGAGAAAUCGGUAUUAAUUGCAAUAUUGUUUGGCCAAUAGCUUAAGCAUAUUCCCAGCUAGCUCCUACAUCCCAAACUAACCCAACUCCAUUAAUCUGUGCAUCACCACAAGGUCGUGGCCUACUGGACUCCAAGGUAAGCAUCAGUCCCCAGAGGCUGCAUGGCUUCUCACUGACUCUGCCUUCUUUCUCCCAGCAUUCAGUUUAGAAUUCCUGCCUAGCUCUAUUCUGCUAAGUCACUGGCCAAAACAAAUUUAUUCAUUAACUAAUAAAAGCAACGCAUAGACAAAAGGACUUCCCACACCUCUUACCAAUUUCUUCUUACCUCAUAUUUUCACCUAGUUUGUUGACAUGAUCUUAAAAGUUUUUUUAUUGAGCUAUAUAAAUUUUUAAUCUUGUUUAUUGAAAGAAUGGGUUAAUUGAAUGUAAUACCAAGUCUCAACACAAAGAAUGCAUGCACAUUAAUCCCUCUGUCGUGCUAUUGAUGACUGACAGACAAUUCCAUUCCCUGGUGUACACUGUGAACAAAAUGUUGUCAUGCAACUAAGGAAGAUUGUAAGCAUGAUAGAAAUAAGGUCAGAGAUGCCCUUUAGGGGCUGAACUGACUACGGACUAUCUCUCUUCAUACUGAUAUUAAAAUCAUCAAAUAGUAACCACUUAUUGAUAUUAGUGUUUAAAAGAAUUAUCCAUGACAUCUAAAUAGUAAUCCUUAUGAUUAUAUUAGACUUGUAGGUUAGUUUUCAGUCAUUUAAUAAUAAUAUCCCCAUACAAUAGAGCUAAAGAAGGGAACACUAGACCUCCGGAGUGGGUUCUUUAGCCUCACAGCCAUUUCACCUUACAUAGCCAACUUAGUUUACACUGUUUCCAAAGAUUGUGGCCACAUGUUUACGUUUUCCCCAGUCAUUCCAGAUUCAAUAAAGUAUUAAUGACCUAUCUGCUAGAACAAAUUGCAUUUUGUCUUAGAAAAAGUCAAGUUUAAACCCUGGUGGUAAAGGUUCCUUGUGGAUCUGUACUUUCUGACUGGGAACCUGGAUGAGUACAGUAAAUCUGUGUUUCAGUGGAUAUCCUGCUGUUCUAAUUCUCAAUAAGCCUUUGGGCCUUGGUUAUAGCCAACUUAACUGGAAUCAACCAAUGCAAUAACUCAUUUGCAUUGUAGUCUCUUUGUAAUAUUCAAACUGCCUCAGUUAACUGUUAAGUUUAUCGGGUCGCGGAUAAGCAGGAGAUCCUAGUCUCCAACCUUUGCAACUAUUGACACCUGUGGUGUGGUAUUUAGGAUGCUAUUAACUAUUUUAUAAUAUCUUAAAAAUGUUACUUAUUUCUAUAAAGCAAAUAUAACUUUGAUCCUGAAAACUAGUUUUCAUUGAGAUAUGAGUUAACACUGUUACAGAAAUUUCAACAGUAAUUUAUAUUGAGAAAUUUUUAAUUUUCUUUCAUUUAUGGCAAUUCUUAUAAGUAACUAAUAAGUCAAAUUUAUUUUAUAUCAUUUUGGUAUAACUGGAUAAUAUACACAGUAAUUCCAUGUUGGAUGAAAUGCUAUGUAUUACUUUUAAAAAAUAUUUUUAUAAAAUGUUUUAAUUUUAUUUUUCAUGUAUAUGGAUGUUUGACCUGCAUACUUGUGCCUCAUGUGCAUGUCUUGUGCUUGUGGAGGCCAACUUUGCUCCUUCUCUAUAAAAUACCAUUUUCUUUAUGAGGUUGAUAGGGCAUACAACACCAACCAAGAGUCACAUUUAAAAUCUAAAUAUGCUUAUUCUAUACAAAUAAAGUUGUCUAUUCUGAUAAGUACUAAAAUAGUAAUAAUAUCUCAUAGUUAUAAGAUACCUUAUCGUAUCUAUUAUAAGAUUUAACUUAACUUAUAACACUAGAAAAUAUGAUUGAUGACCUGUCUACAUGAGCUCUCCUCUUUAAUAAUACAUUUUCCCAAGUUUGAUUGUGUCCAAUUUAAACUAACAAAAAAAUUAAAGGAAGUACCAAGAUGAUGUCUGUUCAGCCUCCUUAAAGUCUUCCCAAAAGUUUAAGCUUUAUGUCUUUUACAUCCAAGGUUUUCUGCUUAUAUUACAGUCAUAUCUUUAAAAGGACAAGGUUCAGAUUAAGGAUUGUUAAUGCUAGUAAAAUGUGAUCUAAGAUCUAAUCAACAGCCUAAUCUAAAAGUGAAAAUUGAUAUUUCUUUGUCUUUAAGAUGACCUUCCUAAUACUGAUUCAUAUAUGUAUUAUAUGCAUGUUCUUAUAUAUUUUAUAUUUUUCAUUGUACAACUUGGCUUAUAAUUAACUGCUAUUUUAAUUAAAUAUGUUAAAUUGACCUAUAUUUCUUUUAUAGUGUAAUCUAAGCCUACUUAGUAAAAGUUAGAUGGAACAACACUCAAUAUGGUAUGUGGUUGGUCAUCCUCUCAGCCCUGAGUUUAUAAGUUUAAAAUGUCCUUGCUUCUCCCUAGACAGAAUACCUUCUAUACCAGGGCACAUCUUCAUUAUCAUGAGCAAGGCUCUCAUCUUGGAAAGGAUUCUUUAGUCUCUGCCUUUCCUAAAAUGUAAAGACUGAUAAAAUAACUUACCCCUUUUACUUCAGGGUUCCAUAAGUAAUUAUUAUGUUAAAAAUAUGUCCCCAAAUAUGCUGUUUCUUCAAAAUAAUUGCUUAUGUUUUCAAAUAAAUAUGUCAGAAUGCCAGUUAACAAAUAGAGCCUUAUGUCACAUUUAUUUAAACAUUUUUCCCUCUCAAG